AUGGAUGUAACAAAUGAUUUCGAUCCGGACGCAUAUGCUAGACCUAAAUUUAAUAGUACAAUAUUGGGACCGGAUGAACGAUCAUAUGAACGGGAAAGGAAUGAAAAUAUUAAACAGAAUGCUUUGAAACUCUCUCCGAUUCUGAAAGAUCGAGUGCAGUUCAUAGGUUCCAAUGACAGCCUAUUCUGGAGACAGCAUCGCUUUCAUAAUUCUGAAGAGUGCUUCGAGCUACAAGACUGUGAUAUAAAGGCUAAAAGAAUGAAGCUUGAAGAGGAGACAACGUCAUCAUUUUUGAGAUCUGAUUCUAAAUCUGCUGAAGCUGAUAAAGAAAAUAUGGAAAUGGUGGCGUCGGAAUCGGACAUUCCUUCUGAAAAAUCAACUCGACCGAAGGGUAAUAGUACUGCACGUUUUCACAUAACAAAUCCAUUCGACAGUGAUAUUAUGGGAAGCCUUUGUGCAACUACCUACAGCCCAAGCCUUUUUAAUAAUUCUAAGAGAAAUGUAAAAUGUGAAACUCCAGAAAAGUCAUUUCGUUGGUCGAUUGGGCAAUUGUCAGAUUUUCAUCCGGUGGUUAUUGACGAAACAGAGUCACUGUGUCAAACACCGAAUCCGGUUGAAGAAGACCAAAUUAAUAAUGCUGUUGACAAAUUUUGGGCAUCCCAAAAAUUUGUAUUCCCAUCUCCUUACUUUACUAGAAAGUCAACAAAUUCAGAACAAGAAAGUAGUCCAAACCUGAUACGGAGAUCAAAAGCUUUGGCACGAGAAUCUCCGUUAGCGUUUCCAGUUGCAGCUCAGUUUAGUGAAUCACAUCGAUCCGUUGAAGUGCAGACUGAUUUUACAUUUCCACCAGACUUUGAUUUAAUAAGGCUUCUAGGUAACCACUUCCAGUAUGAGGAAGAUGAAAUGGCGAUUUUGGAAGCGGAUUUAUCGUUGAAUACACUGCGUCGUAAGCAUUUCAUUGAUGCAUUCUCUUCUCAAGCAAAUAUCGAAGAUGAAAAUGAGGGCUGGAUGGCCAUUGAUCACAGCUAUGAUGAAAGAGAACUGUUUAGUGAUGAACGUCCUGCAUGGUACCAUUCGAAUGAUGAUAUGGUGUCAACAGGGGAAGUUCCACGUGAUGAUGUUGUGGAUCGAAAUGAAGGAGCUGAAAUCAGCGAUCGUUUGCUUUCCCCAAACAUUUCACCAAUAAAAAAUUAG